AAUUGACAGAAAGCGUGUCCGCCAUUUUGUUGCGCCUCAGAAAUUAACAAAAUUUUCUAUUUUUAUGGUGCAACUUUACAAAAUUCGUGUUUUAUUGACUGAAUUGUUGUUGGUAGUGCAAUUAUGAUGACUACGUUUCAACAAGAGCGGUUAGUAUUAAACGGAGGGACAAAUAUACCAGAACCCAUGAACACUCCAGAAGAGUCAGAACCCGAGCCUCCGGCCCCGGGUACCGAGGACCCGCCUCCGAAGAUUCCAAAACUUGAUAAUGGAUCACAAAAAGCUAGUUUAACUUAUGAUCUUAAACAGAUUGGAGAAGUUGUCACAGGACCAGGAGCUAGGAGUAAUACGAUUGCGGGGAUCCUCGGUGGCGCCCUCCCAAAACUAACAUCAGAUCAGAGCGACAAGGUCAGCAAAGCGAAAAAGUAUGCUAUGGAACAGAGUAUAAGGAUGGUACUUAUGAAACAGACCCUGGCUCAUCAGCAACAGCAAAUGGCUAGUCAGAGGACUCAGGUCCAGCGUCAGCAGGCUCUCGCCCUUAUGUGCAGGGUAUACGUUGGAAGCAUCAGUUUUGAACUCAAGGAGGAUACAAUUAGGCAGUCCUUUUUACCAUUUGGACCAAUAAAAUCCAUCAAUAUGUCAUGGGAUCCAGUCACACAAAAACACAAAGGAUUUGCAUUUGUUGAAUAUGAGAUACCAGAAGCGGCUCAAUUAGCAUUAGAACAAAUGAACGGAGUUAUGAUAGGUGGACGUAAUAUUAAAGUCGUUGGACGGCCUAGCAAUAUGCCCCAAGCUCAAGCCGUCAUUGACGAAAUACAAGAAGAAGCAAAACAGUAUAACCGCAUUUAUGUCGCCUCCAUACAUCCAGAUUUGACAGAAGAGGACAUUAAAAGCGUAUUUGAGGCAUUCGGUCCCAUCAUAUACUGUAAACUUGCGCAGGGAAGCUCCGGUCACAAACACAAAGGCUACGGUUUUAUCGAGUACGAGACAGCACAGUCGGCGAACGAAGCGAUCGCGAGCAUGAAUUUGUUCGAUCUUGGGGGCCAGUAUUUGCGUGUUGGAAGGGCCAUAACUCCCCCGAAUGCUCUCCUAGGCCCUUCAUCCGGUUCCAGUGUGAUGCCAACGGCGGCGGCGGUGGCCGCAGCCGCCGCCACUGCCAAAAUCCAAGCCAUGGACGCGGUGGCAAGCAAUGCUGCUGCGUUGGGUUUCUCCAAGUUGAGUCAACCGGUGGUAGCGGCUGCGCCACCACCUCCGGUGAUUCCGGCCGUAAUUCCGCCUCCAGGGCUGGCCAUACCGCAAGUGCUUCCGGAUAAUACAAUUCAGCCGACGAUAGUGCCGGUAGUCACGGUGCCCCCAGUGAUUGCCCCUCCGACGGUUGUGACCCCUACGUUGGCUCAGCCGGCAGUGCCUGCGAGGAAUAGUUCAGAGGAAGCGCUGAAAAGGGCGCAGGAAGCGCAAAUUAAACAACAGGAGGAGUUACAGAAGAAGUUGUUGGAUCAGAAUGAGCCGCAGACGUUGCAGCAACAGGAGAAUAUGAGUAUAAAGGGACAAAAUGCUAGGCAUUUUGUUAUGCAGAAGUUGAUGAGGAAGGUCGAUUCGAAAGUAGUAAUUUUGAGGAAUAUGGUGGGGCCGGAAGAUGUGGAUGAGACGUUGCAAGAGGAGAUUCAAGAGGAAUGCAGUAAAUAUGGGACUGUCGAGAGGGUGAUUAUUUAUAAUGAGAAACAAUCAGAAGAAGAUGAUGCGUCCGAUGUCGUGGUUAAAAUUUUUGUAGAGUUUUCGGAGACACCCGAAGCGGAGAAUGCCAGAGAUGCACUUAAUGGGAGGUAUUUCGGAGGAAGAAUGUUAAAAAUCAAAAUGUCUUUCUUCAACAAUAUUAAAAAAGUGCUUCAUUUCGGUGGUAACGAUGCGAAAAAGAAAAAAGUGUUCAAUAACGUGCGUAUGGAAUGCGACCCCGAGGAGUUUUGGGACAUGAUAGGGGAGUUGGGCGAUGGGGCUUACGGCAAAGUCUACAAAGCCCAACAUAAACAUACGGGACAGUUGGCCGCAGCGAAAAUGUGCCGACUUGAUGGAGAAGACGAUCUUUCUGAUUUCAUGAUAGAAAUUGAUAUUUUAACUGAGUGUAAACAUCCAAAUAUUGUCGAGUUGCACGAGGCUUUUCAGAAAGACCAGCAACUCUGGAUGUUAAUUGAAUACUGUGAUGGUGGGGCCUUAGAUAGUAUUAUGACUGAAUUAGAAAAACCUCUAACUGAAUUACAAAUUGCUUAUGUGUGCCAAAAUAUGUGCAAGGGAUUACAGUUCUUGCACAGAAAUCACGUUAUACACAGGGACUUGAAAGCGGGGAAUGUGCUGCUGACCAUGGAAGGAGGGGUCAAAUUGGCCGACUUCGGAGUAUCCGCUAAAAAUAAAAGUACGAUGCAAAAACACGACACGUUUAUCGGAACGCCAUAUUGGAUGGCCCCCGAAGUGGUCCUUUGCGAGACUUUCCGCGACAAUCCGUACGAUUUCAAAGUGGACGUGUGGUCCAUGGGCAUAACCCUCAUCGAGUUCGCCCAGAUGGAGCCGCCCAACCACGAAAUGUCUCCCAUGAGGGUAUUACUCAAAAUCCAGAAAUCCGAUCCGCCGAAAUUAGAACAGCCGUCGAAAUGGUCGAAGGAGUUUAACGAUUUCGUAUCAAAUUGUCUGGUCAAGGAUCCACAAAGGAGACCCACGUGCGAUGAGUUGUUGAAGCAUCCAUUUAUUAAUUGUACGUUAGACUCGAAACCUAUCAGGGAUUUGUUGUUGGAGUAUAAGGCGGAGGUCGUCGAAGAAGAAUUGACAGAUGAUGAUCCUGAGGACAACCGCACUUCUCAUGUUCCUCUGGAUAUCGAAGAUGACUCCACUUCUGUAAAGAGCAGCGAAGUUGACAAUAAAGUAAAUGACCUAGAAUCUCCCGUUAUUAUUGUAGAAGAAGAAAAUGCUAAAGAUUUGACAGCUUCGACGCCAAGCAAUGUUCAAGCCGACAAAAAACCGCUGGAGAAGAAAGACGAAGUCCAGAGGAAAACCUCUCGAGAUAAAGGCAAAGCACCUCUUCCUCCCAUUCAACCUCAACCAAGUUCGUCAAACGAAAAACCUCCAGCACCAGCUAUACCUGUCGCUAUUCCCAAUCUACCAACGCCUCCAUCUUCGCCCAUUACACCUCCAGCAACUCCACCAAGUUCUAGUCCAGUUCAUCCAGGUAGCGAGCCCGAAAAACCAGAAAAAAAUACAGACAACGUCGAUAAUAUUAAAGAAGUAUUAGAAAAACAACUGAAAAAGAGACAAUCUGAAGGUGACGUAGCGAGUGACGCUGUUACAGUCAGCGCACCUGCGACAUCUGAAGACAGUGUUAAUAACUUUGUCGUGGUUUCCUCACAAUCCGAACGAAAUAAACUAAACACUUCCACUAUUACCAUCAAUUCUGAUCUUCCUGAUCCCUCAAACAGUCUAGCGUCGAAUAUAAGUCAGGUAACUGUAGUAACGACACAUCCGCCCGUCAUUAUCGACAAUACUCAGUGCGUGUCACGAUCUUCAACUUCUCCCAGUAAUAGUACAAACGAAGUCGUGAUAGUCGCGAAUGAAACGAACAAAACACACGUAGAAUCAUCUGAUGAAGAAUGUUACCCAAGUUUGGAUUCUUUGGAGUAUCCUCCACCUAAUGAAUUCCGCGAUAGACCCCUCAAAGCGAAAAAAUUAGACGAGAGCGAGGUCUUAAUCGUCGACUCGAGUUAUGUUAUAAACGAUUCGGGUCUGGACGUAUCCGACGACAAUUCCCGACUUUUGGAUACUAGUCACGUGUCUGUUGUAAAAAUCGACGAAGAGAAAGUCCAAGUCAAAGAUUCGACAUCAUAUCUUGACAAGUCGGGCGAUAAUUUCCGAAGUUCAACGAGUGAUUUAUCGAACGCUUCUUCAUGUAAAACCGGAAGUAGUGAUGAGGUUCGUGGAACUUCUAUAACGCUCGACGGACCUCCAAACGAAGUUAAAGCAAAAAUGAAUGGACAAGUUGUUUUAAAUGGGAAAGGAUUCGACAAUUACGAAUCUGCGUUAUCUGAUAGGUCACAUAGUGACUGUGGAUCGGUUCGGAGUAACGAUUCGCAUAGAAGACCGGUUUCGGCCAAAAGUAUCGAACAUUCAGACAUUGAAAGUAUUUCAAUAGCUAGUCACGAAAGUCGGGGAAGUACCGGAAAAGAACCUAAAAAUGACCGACUAUCGGAAUUAGAUGAAAACGAUGAUGGGGUAGUCUUGAGGAAAAAAGCCCAAAAAACAAAACGGACGUCUAUAGCAAUCGCCAAUCGCAAGACCCGGAAAAGGACAAGGAAAUUUAUUAUAGAUGGCGUUGUUAUAACUACCACAACAAGCAAAGUGAUUUGUCCCGAUGAAGACAAUUACAAUUUAGCAGAUUUGCACAACGACAGGAAACAGGAAUUACGCGAAUUGAAAUAUUUGCAAAAACAAGAACAGAAACAAUUCCAGGAUCUGGCGAUGAAGGAGAAUUUAACAUUGGAACAACAAGAGAAAAAGUUCGAACAAGAACGAGCGAAUCUCGAACGAACGUAUGAAAAUGAUUUAGAAAUGUUGAGUCGUCAACAGAGGAUGCAAAUCGAAAAAGCUGAAGCUCAUCAAGAUGCCGAAUUGCGAGCAAUGUCGAAGAAAAUUCGAGGGGAGCAAGAACGCGAAUUGAAGCUUUUCCGAGACGGCCUUAAGCAAGAAUUGAGAUUACUCAAGGCAGAAAUUGAUUUGUUACCGAAAGAGCGUCGCAAGGCCGAGUUUAAGCUCCGAAAGGAGAAAAUGGACAUCGAUCACCUCGAGCGCGAAAAGGCCUUUUUGGAGAAACUAAACGAGAAUCAUGAGAGUUCGUUGAGACGACUCAGUGAUUCGCAUCGUGAGAAAAUCGCGUUGAUGGAAAGACAGUUUUUGCAACAGAAGCAGCAGUUGACAAGAACACGUGAAGCGGCGCUUUGGGAGAUUGAAGAAAGACAGAUUCAUGAAAAGCAUCAGUUAAUGAAGAGACAGAUUAAAGAGAUAUUUAUUUUGCAAAGGCAUCAGAUGUUGACGAGGCAUGAGAAGGAGAAGGAGCAGAUUAAGAGAAGAGCGGCGAGGAAGGAGGAGGAGUUGUUGAAGAAACAAGCAGCGGAAAAGAGGUCGCUACCGAAGAGGAUCAGGGCGGAGAUGAAGGCGAGAGAGUUGAUGUUCAGGGAGUCGAUGAGGAUAUCGAUUUCGGGAACGAACGAUCCGGAAGCGGAAAAGAAUAAGUUCAAAGAGUUUCAAGAAAAGGAGAAAAAACGCUACCAAGCCGAACAACAACGCUUUGAACUAAAACACCAACGUCAACUCGAAGAACUCCGCGCGAUGAGCGAUGCCACUAUCAAAGAACUCGAACAACUCCAGAAUGAAAAACGUAAAAUGCUCCUAGAGCACGAAACGAUGAAACUUAAGCAACGCGAAGAAGCUUUCAGCCGAGAAUUAAAAGAAUGGAAAGCUCAACUCAAACCGCGAAAACAGAAAUUGGAAGAGGCGUUUGCUCAGCAGUUGGAAGAACAGGAAAGAGUUUAUGGACCGAUCAGCACUCCCCUGGCGUUGCCACCAGAUUUGCCCGAUUUGAGUCAGGAGAGUUGCAAGAUCGGUAUGGGGUCAACAAGGAGCAGUUUAUCGUCGGUUUCAGAAGGAUAGAAAGCUUGUAGAAACAUUAUACUCCAAAAUGUGCCUCUGUAGAUCCAGAGCAAGCAUUUACCUUAACUCGUGUAUAUAUUUAUUACACAGACUGAAUAAUCAUAAUUAAGAAAAUCUAUGAAACAAACAAUUUUUCAUUUUUUGUUUGUCUUUUCUAAGAUUUAAAUGAAAUUGAGGUGACCUGAUAAGCUACUUAAAUUUUGAAAGUCUAAAGGGAGAAUUUUUGUUUCAGGUUAUUUACUGAAAAUAAAAAAUCAACUAUUGUUAGCUUGCUUGCUAAAAACUAGAUUAGUUUUACGUCGAUCCUUUUUAUUAAAUUAAGAUUAGAGGUGAUUGAGGAUUUAAAAAUCGUGUGCAUUUAUUAAAAAACCAGACUGACAGGUUACACUUGUUAUUUUGUGAAGUGUUUAAGUUAGAUUGUACUAAUAGUUCAAAAAAUUGUUAUAUCAUGUUCGUAAGUAUAUUUUAAGCGAGUUUUCUUUGUAUUGAGAUAUUAAUCUAACAAUAAAUACUAAAUAAUUAUUAUUUAUCAUAAUAGAUGAUUGUAUUGGGAUUGUUUUUUGUUUACGCUUGCACUACUCCAGUCUGAUGUAUAAAUAUUAUUAUUAGUCCAUGUUAUUUAAAUACUGAAAUUUUUAUCUGCUGUAUUCUAAGGUGUACAUAAAAAUUCCAUCUAACUUAAGUUUAUUAGGACAGUGUGAUAAGAUUUUUAUCGUCUUUUUAGUUCGUUACUAACGUUUGCCACUAUCAUACUGUUCUGUAUUAUUAUAAUGUACAGUCAGUGUAUUUUAUUUUUAUGUGCAUAUUAUUUACCAGUAACUAUUCAAAUAAAUAAUUUAAAUAGAACUUCAUUUCUUACUUCG